GAGAGAGAGAAGAUCACGACCAUCGCACUCGACUACGGCUUCAAAUCCUGCACAAAAAACAACGGGUUUUGUGUGUUACGUGUCUAGUUGAUUGAAAUAGAAGACACGCUAACGUUUCAGCGUUUAUUUUAGGAAAAGGUCGACCAACAAAAAUCCACAAUCAUUGACGAAGGACGCGAAGAUGUCUGGAAAAGAAAGGCUCGACGUUUUCCCCUCCAGAAUGGUUCAUACCAUCAUGAAGGCUCGGCUCAAAGGGGCGCAGACCGGCCGCAACCUGCUCAAAAAGAAAUCUGACGCCCUCUCCAUGCGCUUCCGUCAGAUCCUCCGCAAGAUUAUCGAAACGAAGACUAAGAUGGGAGAGGUGAUGAGAGAGGCGGCAUUCUCUUUGGCUGAAGCCAAAUUCACAGCUGGAAACUUCAGCGCAACUAUAAUCCAGAAUGUCAACAAAGCCCAGGUGAAAGUCCGUGCCAAGAAAGAAAAUGUGGCCGGUGUCACCCUUCCAGUUUUUGAAUACUACCAAGAAGGCGGGGACAGUUAUGAGCUGACUGGUCUGGCCAGAGGAGGAGAGCAGCUCUCCAGGUUGAAGAGGAACUAUGCCAGAGCGGUUGAGCUGCUGGUGGAGUUGGCCUCCUUACAGACAUCUUUUGUCACCCUGGAUGAAGCCAUAAAGAUUACCAACCGCCGUGUGAAUGCUAUCGAGCACGUGAUUAUUCCUCGGAUCGAUCGCACCCUGACCUACAUCAUCACAGAACUGGAUGAGAGAGAACGGGAGGAGUUCUACAGGUUGAAGAAAAUCCAAGAGAAGAAGAAGCAGCUCAGGGAAAGGACAGAAUUGGAGAUUGCCGCCCGCCUGGCUAAACUGGGUCCCAUCGCCGAGCCCACCAACAUGCUGACGGAGGAGACGGAUGAAGACAUGCUGUUCGAGUGAAGCGCUCUGAAGGCGGACAAGUCUCCGACUUCACACGAUAUCCUAUUUAUUCGGUGCCUCUCAGGCCACGUCUAUGUCUUCUCAUGCAGCUGAUGAAAGUUGUUUUCUGUGUACUCGUCUGUGAUGAUUUGUUCUGUUGCUUCAGUGCUGGAAGGUACCGCGUGUUUCCAGAUUUCGUCCCUGUACAGAACUGAGGUGUCGUCUCACUCUGGGCUCUCCACCCUCAGGGGACUCGGUUCACUUUUCACCAAACAAUAACCAUAUCUGUAGGUUGACACGUGGUUUGCGAGUGGAAUUAAAGAAACAUUCGAUGUGAGUAUUUGAUUAACUUGUAGAAACUUCAAGCUCCUCACAACAUUCAAAGUUAUUGCAUGCUGUGAAGCUCACGGUUGUUGUAGAUUUCAAAGUGUGUGAGUCUGUGUUGUGGCGGUUGCGUGUUACCUCAUUCAAGGAUGUUUACCAUUGAAUCAGAAAACCCUAAAGUGGCACUGCUGUAAAACUUGAAAGUCGACAAAGCCCCAAACUUCAUUCAAAUAAAUAUUAUCACGAACCAAC